GGUUUGUGCUUUAAAUCGCAUCUUAACAAAGGGAAACAUGACACCCGGCAGCAGCUGCCACGGUGCUCAGCGUCCCCUUUAAGACCGUUUUGGAAUAAUUAAUGACGUCGCGCUGUAAACACGACUGACGCUCAGCUGCGUGGCCGAAGCAUCCUCCAAGAGCCCAAGACCUCUCCAGGUUCCUGUGCUUAUUUCUCGACGGGACCGCAGAAAGGCAUCAAAAUAACUGCGGUUCACCUCGACUCUCAUAUGCGGUCUCCAAAACCAAGACGUCGGUGCUGCAUCUGUCCUACGAAGUGCCAUGGCUAGAAAGACGGACAUCCCAUCCUCUUUCUAUGGUGAGCCUCGCAAGUUUGACCCAAACUUCAGAGGGCCUGUUCAUAACAGGAGCUGCACUGAUGUGGUUUGCUGUGUUAUCUUCAUCAUUGUCAUCCUCGGCUACAUCGCUCUGGGUACCGUGGCCUGGAUUCAUGGUGACCCCAGGAAGGUCGUCUAUCCAACCGACAGCCACGGCCAUUUCUGUGGCCACCAGAACACCCCCAAUGCAAACAAAGCCAUAUUAUUCUACUUCAACAUGUUGAAAUGUGCCAAUCCUGCAGUUUUAAUUAACCUCCAGUGCCCUACAACCCAGCUCUGUGUCUCCAAGUGCCCGGACAGAUUUGCCACUCUCCUGGAUGCGUGGAAUACCAACAACUGGGAAUAUUACAAGCAAUUCUGCAAGCCGGGCUUUGAGAUUGGCAGUAAGUCAGUUGCAGAAGUCAUACAAGAUGAAGACUGCCCAUCUAUGAUCGUGCCAAGCAGACCUUUCCUCCAGCGGUGCUUCCCAGAUUUCAUUACAAGAAAUGGAAUUUUAACUGUAGCCAAUCAGACCAUCUUCAAAGACGGUGACAAUAACAAGAGAAGUGUCAGCGACCUCAAAGAUGCUGCCAAAAGUCUCGCCAGUCUGCUGAAUGCCAAUGAAGUUGGCAUGAAGAUCUUUGAGGAUUAUGCAAAUUCCUGGGACUGGAUCCUCAUUGGUCUGUUAAUAACCAUGGUGGUCAGUCUGCUCUUCAUCCUGCUGCUGCGCUACACCGCUGGUGUGCUCCUGUGGCUCAUUAUCUUUGGGGUAAUCGCUGCGGUCGGAUUCGGUAUCUGGCACUGCUACUGGGAAUACAGUACUCUGAGCAGGAAGCCUGGCACUAACAUCACCAUGUCUGAUAUCGGCUUCCACACAGACUUAAGCAUUUACCUUCAGCUCAGCCAAACGUGGCUCAUCUUCAUGAUCUUACUUUCUGUGAUUGAGGCCAUCAUUGUGAUCAUGCUGAUAUUUCUGAGGAUGAGGCUGCGCAUCGCUAUUGCAUUACUGAAGGAGGGAAGCAAGGCCAUCAGCUACAUCAUGUCCACUCUCUUUUACCCUAUCGUCACUUUUUUCCUUCUGGCCAUCUGCAUCGCUUACUGGGCCGUCACAGCAGUCUUCUUAGCAUCUUCUGGUAAUGCAGUCUACAAGGUCACGCCUACUGAUGAUAAAUGCAUGUAUGCCAACCUCACAUGCAGUCCAAUGACUUUCAGUCAGACCAAUAUUACCCAAGUGUGCCCCGGGUCACAAUGUAUGUUUGCCUUCUACGGUGGGGAGAGUGUGUACCACCGCUAUAUCUUAGUCCUCCAUCUGUGUAACCUGUUCGUGUUCCUCUGGCUGGUCAACUUUACCAUCGCGCUGGGCCAGUGCACCCUGGCCGGGGCCUUUGCGUCCUACUACUGGGCUCUGAAGAAACCAAACGACAUUCCUGCCUGCCCCCUCUACUCCUCUUUUAGCAGAGCCAUACGUUACCACACAGGUUCUCUUGCCUUUGGUUCUCUGAUCCUCGCUGUGGUGCAGGUGGUCCGAAUUGUUCUUGAGUACCUGGAUCACAAACUGAAAGGUUCUCAAAAUGCAUGCGCUCGAUUCCUGCUUUGCUGCCUCAAAUGCUGCUUCUGGUGCCUGGAACAUUUCAUCAAGUUUUUAAACAGAAAUGCAUACAUCAUGAUAGCAAUAUAUGGGAAGAACUUCUGCACCUCCUCCAAGGAUGCUUUCUUCCUCUUGAUGAGGAAUGUUCUUCGGGUGGCUGUCCUGGACAAGGUGACAGACUUUCUGCUCUUCUUGGGAAAACUGCUUAUUUCAGGAAGUGUCGGUGUUCUUGCAUUUUUCUUCUUCACACGUAAAAUACCAUUACUAGUCAUUCAAGAGGAAGUGCCAUCCAUAAAUUACUGCUGGGUACCCCUUCUGACGGUGAUAUUUGGAUCCUACAUGAUUGCACAUGGCUUUUUUAACGUCUAUGCCAUGUGUGUGGACACAUUGUUCCUGUGCUUUUUGUGGGAUCUGGAGGUGAACGACGGCUCUCCUAACCGGCCCUUCUACAUGAACAAAACCUUAGGGAGCAUCCUCAACAAGAAGAACAUCAAGACAGCGGGCAGGACAUAGAGAGAAGACGAAAGGUGGGGGAAGGAGAAAGACUGAGGAUCAUUUACCAAAGCAUGGUACAAGCCCAUGUAGCAAUAAGCAUUUUGGCAAAUAUAAUAUAAGUGUACACAAGUUGCAACUGUACACUAUAAUGGACAAACUGUAGAUAAGCAACUCUAAUAAUUAGAUUCACCCACACGCUCAUAAUUUAUGGGCUUGAUAGUUCUUUGGUAUUUAUAGCUAACUCCAGAGGUCAGUUUGUCUAAAAAGAAACAAGUCUUCUUGUAUUGGAUGGUGUACAAAGUCCCACAAUCUUGUAAAUAUUUUUUCAAAUUUUAUAGUUAUAACUAAAAUAUGUUUCUUUGUAUAUGUAUUAUAGCCACAGUCGUACUACACAGCAAGUUCCUAUUGGAACAAGUGAUUUCUUUCUUUCAUGAGAUUGUGAUAAACAUCAGCUGUUUUUGUUCUUAAUCUUUUGUAAUAGCCAGUUUUCACCACUUGGUGGAGCCAGUCAUUAACAAACAUCUUCCAUGUAUUGUUGCUGAGGCGUAAAUGCUCUGCUGAUUGAGCUAGUUUUUCCAUGAAAUGGUCUAACGUUAGCUCAUCCGUGUAUUGGCUUAUCAAUUUAUCUUGUUUUCUCACAUUGAGAAACAUAUUCACCACUUAGUGUCCACUGUUUUCAUAUUUAACUGUCAAGGACAUAAUGGCAUAGCAAAGUGAGCAUCAUCAUCAAAGUGCUUCACAGCGAGUCUUUUUCUUAGAAUUGCCACACUGAGUAUUUAAUUGCAUCUUGCAGCUACAUAGCUUAAAUUUGAAGAUGCUUUUGAAAAAAUUAUUUGUUAAAGGGAUAGUCAGCAGCCAGUAAUGGAGGUUCUUGUCUUUUCCAAGUGUUAGUGAUAGGAAUGAAAGGUGAAGUAGGUUGUUCUGUGUUUAGUGGUUUGGAAGAGCGUCACAUAAGUCACAGAUUUAUUCUCAGCAGCAACCUGUUAGUCCAACCGGCAAAUAACGCAGACUCUCUAUCUGUUACACAUGGUGCUGUUUCUUUUUUCAUUUCUAACCUGCUGCUGAUAUGGGCACAUGUAUGUGUGAUUCAGAGGGCAAAGCAAUGAAACCGAUCCCAAGGAUUAUAACCAUUACAAUGUGUGAUGUAACCAACCAACUCCUGUUGGUUUUAAAGGUGGCUGUAAAAAGUGGUUUCCUUUACAGAGAACUGUGGCUUUUCGCAUCCUAAAUAAAUAUCAGAAUGUCCUCAGAAACUUCUCAAGUUUACACCUGCAGUAUAAUCCACUUCUCUGCUGUCCCAUUUGUAUGCUUUGUAUGUUUCAACUACACCUGCAUGAGCUACGAACAGAAGCAGUGUAUUAAGCCGUUCCAACAAAGAAGUGUCUCAAACAGACGGAACACACGGAUGGAGGGCAGAGAAGUUUCUCUAAACUACUGGAGAAGUUUCUAUAAUUAUUUUGAGAUUUUUUUUAAGGUAGUAUAAACUACCGCUGUACUCUGCGAAGGAUGAAGCUUCAACCCCACAGAUUCUGGAUAGACUAACACCUUAAUUCUGAAGAUUAUCCAACAAAACACAAGAGCAACAUUUCUUGUUGGAGUUAUGAACCUCAUUGGAAACAGUGUUAAAUCUUUUUGUAACUACGGGUCCUCUCGUUGAUCCAAAGUGGGGCUGGUCCCACAUAGUAUUAUUGAGUUUUUAAGGUAUUAGUCAAAUAGAACUUUUUUUGUUAAUCAGAUUGAAUUUAUGAUUUUACUUACCAUAUAUUUUGCAUUGGUUGCUUCCUGAAGUAUAAGCACAUUUCUGGCAUCAGACAAAACAACUGAUGUCAAGGUCAGCUGGCAUGAGUGUUUGUAUUACCGGUGAGCCAGUAAUGUUGCGUCUGUUUAAUGGAAUAUUUGAUUAGUUGAUGAAAUCCUGUGAGGUGCAGCUGAAGUCCAUUAUUGUUUUUGUCUUGAAGCCAGAAUCCAGGAAAUGCUUGAAGAAUUUCUUUUAGUUCAUCCCAGUUUGGGUAUCACCAGGCUGUUGGCACAGUAACGUGACGGAUGAAAUAAAUGAGUGACACGGCUGUUGGCAGUUUCACACACUGUGUCCUUGUAUGUUACAGAUGUCAAACUUCUGGUGAGGUCUUCUUUUUUCUUAAAAGUGUUCAUGCAUCACUUGGAAUGAUGCUCACCUUUAGAUCUUUGAGAUGUGACUCAUGCUUGUGAGUCUUUGUAUCGUGUUUGUCAGACCUGAGAAUCUGCCCUCAGAGUGACAGCACUGCCAGACUUACACACCUUAUACCCCCAUUUGAGCUGAACAUGCUGGGACACGUAUAAUGUAACCAUUCAAUAUAAGCACAACAACAUUGCUUGUGUAUCUGAAAGGAGAUCAAUGAUGCAUGUAGUGCUCAGAGUGGCAUAUUACGCAUGCAGCGUGAUGUUAUUCCUUUUUUUAAAUACUGAAUAACUACUAUACUCCCAGUGUAUUUUGUAUCUUUAUGUGCAUGCAGCUCAGGUUUAGCUUCAUCCCAUGAGGGUGAGUGAUCUGAUAAGUGAAGUAAAAACUGUGUUUUUAGAUGCCUCCUCCUCCCUCCCAUGUCUGGAAAUUAGAUUCUUUUGGUAAACCACAGUCAACAAGCAGACACAAGUAAAACUUCUCUCUUGGUUAGAAUGUGCGUCAGGUUUCUUACCGUAAACUCUUAAAAGUCAAACUCCGAAGAUGCACUGCUCUAACCUGUCAAUACGCCAAAUAGUUUUAUUUAUUGUGGCUCAUUUGUGCAGAAAGCUGACAGUAAAAAUCACUCUGUCAUAUAUUUAUUUAUACAGUAAAGGUUGCAUGUGUUUUAAUAGAAUGUAUUGCCUGUGUGUAUGUUCAUCAUUCAAAUAUAGAUGUGUUACUUCUAUUUUUAUCAAUAAAUUUUUUUUGUACUAUGCA